UCUCCUUCACCGUUAAUUUAGUGUUGAUGUUUUGUGAGGUGAAAAUGGGUAGAAAAUGCUCACAUUGCGGGAACACAGGCCAUAAUUCAAGGACUUGUACCUCCCGUGGUGCUGUUGCUGGUGGACUUAGGCUAUUCGGAGUUCAAUUUCCCUUAUCUUCCAUUCCUAUGAAGAAGAGUUUUAGCACUGAUUCCCUGUCAACAUCUUCUUCUUCACCAACACCUUCUUUAUCAACAUCUUCACGCGUUACCAUCCAUCAUAGUUCUAAUGGCUAUCUUUCUGAUGGCCUUAUUGCACCUGCUCAAGAUAGGAAAAAAGGUGUGCCGUGGACUGAAGAGGAGCACCGGAUCUUCCUGAUUGGGCUGGAAAAGCUUGGAAAGGGUGACUGGAGAGGCAUCUCUAAGAAGUUUGUGACCACAAGAACUCCAACACAAGUAGCGAGUCAUGCACAGAAAUAUUUCCUUAGACGGAGCAGCCUUAACAAGAGAAAACGCCGUCCCAGUCUUUUUGAUGUGGGAAGCUAUACAUUUUCAGAUCAAAUGCUUAAUCCCGGCAGUUCUAAGACUAAUGAACCUUCUGAUUUUCGUGGGUUGUUAUUGAAGGCAAUAGAUGCUACCCCA